CUAAGGGCCACAAGUGGAAGAUUUGUGAGCAUGAAUCCAACCAUCUCAUCCCAGAAGACAGAAUCUACACCACUAAAUGGAAUUUGGCCACACAAUUAUCAAGAUUAUGAGCUGCCACUAAUCCUAAAUGUGCUGAUCCUCAUAAUUGCGGUGGUUGGGCUGCCAGGAAACUUGACUGUGCUCUGGCUCCUGGGCUUCCGCAUGCGCAGGAAUGCCAUCUCCGUUUAUAUCCUACAUCUGUCGGGGGCAGACUUCCUCCUCCUUUGCUGCCGCAUUAUUGAAUCCCUGAUGAGAAUCAUAUUUAUCCAUAUCUUUCAUUACUCCAAUUACAUCUCUAUCUACUAUGUUUUUCAAAAUGUGGUAACCAUUCCCUACAUCUCAGGCCUGGGCAUACUUAGUGCCAUUAGCAUAGAGCGCUGUCUGUCCGUCCUGUGGCCCAUUUGGUACCACUGCCGCCGCCCAAGAAACAUGUCAGCUGUCAUAUGUGCCCUGAUGUGGGUCCUGUCCCUAAUAAUGAGUAUCCUUGAUUGGCAUUACUCUGGCUUCCUGAGUGAAUUUUCUGAUCAAAAUUGGUGGGAAAAAGUUGACUUUAUCAUAGCUGCAUGGCUGAUUAUUUUAUUUAUAGCUCUUUCUGGGUCUAGCCUGGCUCUGAUGGUCAAGAUCCUCUGUGGUUCCAGGCCGAGACCACUGACCAGGCUGUAUGUGACCAUCUUGCUAACAGUACUGGUCUUUCUCAUCUGUGGCCUGCCUUUUGGCCUUUACUGGUUCUUGUCAGUUUGGUUUCACAUUUAUUUUUAUCAUAACUUUCGUCUUCCCUAUGAAGUUACUGUUGUUCUAUCCUGUGUUAACAGCUGUGCCAAUCCCAUCAUUUACUUCUGCGUUGGCUCCUUUAGUAAGCGACAACAGUAUAAGAACUUCAAGACUGUUCUCCAGAGGGCUCUGCAGGACACUCCUGAGUUGGAUGAAUGUGGAGGCAGCCAUCCUCCAGAAACAUUUGAGAUGUCAGGAAGCAGAGUUGAGCAGUGA